AUGAGCGUAGCAGGCUUGGUCCUCCUGGGGCUUGCUCUGAGGUUGAUGGCCACUCCUGCUAAGCCAGAGGAGAGCAGCGUUUGCUCUAAGAACCAAGUGGCUUUCAGAGACUCUUGCUACGAAUUUGUGCCUUUCGGCCGCUCUUUCUAUGGUGCCCAGAACUGGUGUGAGGAGCGAGGAGGCCAUUUGGUCUUUAUUCACGAUGAAGGCACUCAGCAGUUUCUGCAAAAGCACAUCUCUCAGGACAGGGAAUGGUGGAUUGGACUCACAGGGAACUCGGCUCAGAAUGGAACUGCAGAAGGACCGGGGAUCUGGCUGGACACCUCAAAUGUGAACUAUAGCCACUGGCGCGGAGGGCAGGCCUCUCCUGCUCCCGACACCUGCGGUUACAUCGGGAGAGACCCUUCUGCCAGGUGGGCUGCCUCAGACAACUGCGCACAGCUGUUCGCCUUCAUCUGCGAGUUUGGUGUCGGCCAGAGUCUGGCCUGCGGGGGCCAUGAUGCCACCAUGCACUGUGGUUCCGGGGAGGUCAUUCAGAUCCGGGAUGCUUUCUACGGGCGCCAGACUCCCCAUUAUUGCACCCAGGACACUGGGAGCCCCUUGGACCUGGAGCAGCAAUGCAGCUGGGUCAGCGUCAAGGACGAAGUGGCAGAACAGUGCCAGGGGCUGCAGGCAUGCCAGGUGGCCGCAAAUGGGACCUUCUCUGGAGACCUGUGCCCCACCCAGGGCAGCUACCUCUGGGUGCAGUACCAGUUUCAGGAAGGCCUGCAGCUGACAGUGUCCAAUGAGAGCUUCGUCUUCGAUAACAUCACCAUCUCCCUGGUGUGGCUCCUCUCUCCCUACACUGGAAACCUGUCCUGUAUCAUUAUCACGGGGGAUGGCCACACUUUUGAUCCCUACUACCCCCCCACCCCCGCAGUGAUCCAUCAAUUCACAUCUCCUGGGGAAUUCACUGUGUUUGCUGAGUGCACAACUAGUGAGUGGCAUGUGACGGCUCAGAAGCAAGUGACAAUUUGAGACAAGAUGAAGAGACUCAGGAAACCAAGAUGGCAGCAUAGAGACUCUGUGACUGGGUGCUCUGGCCUGUCCAAAUUAGGAGCCAGCCCUCUCUGCCGGGUUGUCUUCGGGGACCCUAUGUGGAUUCAGGUGGAGCUCAAUGGAGGUGAGUUUGUGACUUACACUGUGCUAUCAGAUAACACAACCCUGGCUGAAUCCAUCACACACCGCCUGCUCCCCUAUAACCUCACCCUGGACAGAGCAGCCCAGCAGGGUGUGGGUCCAGGGAUGCACCACCUGGAGACCCGAGCCACCAGCAAAACCACCACCUCUGCACCCUCCACAAACAUCACGGUGCACUUCAUGAAGCCUCUGCCAGGGCUGCAGGCCUCCUGGGCUUCUGACCACUUGGAGCUUGGACAGGAUCUACUGGUCAACAUCUCAGUGGCUCAUGGCAUCCCAGAAGAGUUGACCUUUGAGGCAGCAGGACUCAAUGCAUCCUCCUCCCAUGAGGAAGAGAGCCUUGGGUGGCCAUCUGGGAUUUACCAUGUAGCAGGUCCUCUUGAAGGUACUUGGGAUUGGUAGCUCCCUUCCAAAUCUCCCUCCUCUUCCCUUCCUAACUUAGAAUCCAGGCUCCUGCCAGCCAGUUUCCAGGCUCCUUCCAGUCUCCAAGAAUUAUCUGGAACAAAUGCUGAGGAAAAGAAUAGAGAUAAAGGGGAUGUGGAGGUAUUCGUGGAACCUGGCUAUGUGGAUCCUUUCACGACAGUGACUCUGCACUGGCUGGAUAGUGACAAGGAUUUACGCUUCCACUGGUCAUGUGGUAGUUGCUGGGCUCAGUGGAACGACUGUGUUGAGAGCCAGCUGCUUUGCACAGACCAGAGGGAGCUGGUGGUCCCGCCGUCCUGCCUGCCACCACCCAAUUCUGCAGUCACCCUGCACCUGGCCAUCUGAAGAGGCCAGGAGCUGGAGAAGCAGGAGGAGCAGUGCCUUUAUGUGUCCGCCCCCCGGGAACUCAAGCCUCUAGUCAGGUGGGCAAUGACCAGGCAUGUCUACGGGGAGGACACCUAUGUUAUCAGCUCUCUGCCUCCCCCUGAGGUGCCCACCUGCAUCAUUGCCCCGGAGGAGGGCACCGUUCUAACAAGCUUCGCCAUCUUCUGCAACACCUCCGCGGUCCUGGGCCCCCUGGAGUACUGCUUCUGUCUGGAAUCAGCCAGGCGGCCACAGUGCCUCAGAUGCUCAAAGUUGUGGAGCCAGGACGCCCUCCUGCUGGGGAGACUGCCCACGGGCCUUCCAGCCACACUGGCCACCCCCUCCAUUUUCGUGUACACCAAUAGAAUUCAGCACCGGAGCUGGCAAGACUCCUCUGUGCACAUUGCUGCUGCCAUCUCUGCGACCUUCACCCUGGCUGCUGCCUCCUCCCUUGGCUUCAUGCAGGACUGUCAGGAGCCCAUGGACAUACGGAUGAUAAGUUUCCCAAAAAACCCUUUCCCAGCCCAAAGUCACUUUGAUGUCAGUGGAACUGUUGGGGGCCUCUCUCUGACCAGCUCUAGUGGACAGCUCAUACCCAUGAAGAAUCUGUGGGAGAAUAUGGAGAUCCUGCUGCCUCGGUUUUCAGAAGGACACAGUGAGCCAACUGUGUUGAAUCUGACCAGUCCUGAACCUCUGUGGGUGAAUUUGACUUCAGGUGCAGCUUUGGGGAUCCAGCUGCACUGGAGACCUGACAUCCCACUCACACUCAGCCUGGGCUAUGGCUACCACCCCAACAAGACCAGCUACGACGCCAAAGCUCACCUUCCACUAGUGACUUCUCCAGAUGGACUGUCCACAUGGAAACUGAGCCCAGAGGUCCUGCACUUUGGAUAAGGUGUCUACUAUCUGACUGUGAUCCCCGAGUCUGACCUGGAGCUGACCCCUGGCAGAGACCUCACAGUUGGCAUCACCACCUUCCUUUUCCAUUGUGUGUUUUGGGAUGAGAUCCAGGAAACUUGGGACAAUUCUGGGUGCCAUGUGGGGCCACGAACCACUCCCUUCCAGACACACUGCCUCUGCAACCAUCUUACCUUCUUUGGAAGCACAUUCUUGGUGAUGCCCAAUGCUAUUGAUGUCUGCCAUACCAGAGAGCUCUUUGCCACCUUUGAGGACAAUCCUGUGGUUGUGACUACCGUGGAUUGUCUCAUCGUGGACUAUGCAUUGGUGGUGAUCUGGGCAAGGAGGAAGGAUGUUCAGGAUCAGGCCAAGGUGAAGGUCACAGUGCUGGAGGACAAUGAUCCCUUUGCACAGUACCACAACCUGGUGACAGUCUACACUGGACAUCGGAGAGGGGCAGCUACUUCCUCAAAGGUACCUGACCAUUCAAGCUCCCUGAGAUCAAGCAAGCCCCUUCGCGGCCUGCCCUGGUGGUGUGUCCUGGUGGGCUGGCUCCUGGUAGCCGCCACCAGCAGUGUGGCAGCCACCAGCGGUGUGGCAGCCUUCCUCACCAUGCUAUAUGGUUUGCACUACGGGAAGACCAGCUCCCUCAAGUGGCUCAUCUCCAUGGCUGCCUCCUUUGUAGCGAGUGUGUUUGUCACCCAGCCCCUGAAGGUGCUGGGGUUUGCUGCCUUCUUUGCACUGGUCUUAAAGAGUGUGGAGGAUGAAGAGGAACCUAUGGCCUCUCUCCUGGGAUAUCUAUCCAGCCCAGACCCCUCCACCUUGUUCCGAGUACGAAGAAACAGCAGAAAGGAUGUCUACCAGCUGCCUCUGGCUGCCAACAUUGAGAAGAAGAAAGCCACUCACCUCAAGGAACAGAAAGCAUUUGCCUUAAUCAGAGAAAUCUUGGCAUACCUGGGCUUCCUGUGGAUGCUGGUGGCCUAUGGACAGAGGGACCCCAGUGCCUACCACUUCAACAGACACCUUAAGCAUAGCUUCACCCAAGGCGUUUCAGCUGUCCUGGGCUUCCAGGAGUUCUUCAUGUGGGCCAACACCACCCUUGUACAAAACCUGUAUAGUCAUCACCCAGGUUUCAUCACUGACGGGAACUCCAAACUGGUUGGCAGUGCUCAGAUUUGCCAAGUGAGAGUCCGGGAAAACUCUUGCCCUCUUGCUCCCGGGUUGUGGACUUCUCUCGAUGGGUGCCAUGCACCAUAUUCCCUGGAUGUUGAAGACCUGUCAGACUAUGGGGAAAAACGCUGGAAUGCCUCCAACCUCAAUAGCAGCAAUGGCUUCUCCCAGGCUUGGCAGUACCAGAGCCAGAGCCAGCGCCAAGGGUAUCCCAUCUGGGGCAAACUCACUGUGUACCAGGGAGGAGGUUACAUUCUCCCCUUGGGCACCAAUCGCCAAAGUGCAGCAAGAAUUCUCCAGAAUCUCUUUGACAACACCUGGCUGGACAGCCUGACCAGAGCUGUGUUUGUGGAGUUCACCGUCUACAACGCCAACGUCAACCUGUUCUGCCUCAUCACUCUGACCCUGGAGACCAGCGCCCUGGGUGGAACCUUCUUUACAUGCACAGACCUACAGAGCCUGCGCCUGUAUCCCUUCAUUGAUGGCUGGCACCCCUUUGUGGUGGCGGCAGAGGUAAUCUACCUCCUGUUCCUCCUCUACUACAUGAUCAUUCAGGGCAAGCUUAGGAGGAAGCAGAAGUGGCGCUAUUUCCACAGCAAGUGGAACCUUCUGGAGUUGGCCAUCAUUCUGGCCAGCUGGAGUGCCCUGGCAGUGUUUGUGAAGAGGGCCAUCCUAGCGGAGCAAGACAUCCAGCGAUAUCGGAAACAAGGGGAGGAGGGUAUCAGUUUCAGUGAGACAGCCGCAGCUGACGCUGCCCUUGGCUACAUCAUUGCCUUCCUGGUACUGCUGUCCAUGGCAAAACUUUGGCAUCUGCUCAGGUCAAACCCCAAAAUGAACAUGAUCACAUCAGCUCUACACCAUGCCUGGAGAGACAUUUCAGGCUUUGUCAUCAUCAUCCUUAUCAUGCUCCUGGCUUACUCCAUUGCGUCAGACUUGAUAUUUGGUUGGAAACUCCGCUCCUACAAAACCCUCUUUGCUGCAGCAGAAACGAUGAUCAGCCUUCAGGUAGGAAUCUUCAACUAUGAGGAGGUCCUGGACCACAGCCCAGUGCUCAGCUCCUUCCUAAUUGGGUCCUGCAUUGUUUUCAUGACAUUUAUUGUGCUGAAUCUACUUAUCUCUGUCAUCCUGGUGGCCUUCAAUGAAGAGCAAAAAUACUAUCAGCUGUCGGAGGAAGGAGAGACUGUCGAUUUGCUGCUGAUGAACAUACUCGGUUUCCGGGGCGUUAAAUGUAAAAAACAGGAGUCUGGAAACUGCAGUGAGCAGCCCAAGUUGCUGUCAGAGGCCCAGCCCCCUCCACCUGCACCAGUGGCGCCCCAGGUUUAA